AUGAUGUUGUAGGAUGGAGGAAGUCCAAAGUGACAUCCAUCUUCGUCGAGACCGCCAGCCGCCUGCGGGGCCCCGGAAUCGCGGGACGGCUAGCCUGGCGACGUCACCCUGCUUUGUUAUCCCCAACACAAUGCGCGAGGGUACAUGGCUAACUGCGAUUUCCUCCUUGUUCGCGCGCGCAGCUACGAAUCCUUCAAGAAGACCGAGCUCGAGCUAGCCCUCGACGAGUACCUGGCCGAGAACGCGUCGACCUUCUCGGCCGACCCCAAGCUCGCCAACUACUACUCGACGCGCGCGAGGACCACCGGCUCGCCCCUCAAGAAGGACGUCGACGCCCCGCCCGAGAAGCUCAAGGUCUCGCGCCGGCGGACCAUCAAGGCCCCCGAGGACCUAGCCCCGCCCGAGUCCGAGGACGAGCCCGCGAGCGCUUCGUCGGCCGUCGCGCGCACGCCCGGCCGCGCCCUCUCGCUCGCCAGCCGCAUCCCGCUGCCGGCGACGCCCGCCGACGUCGCCGAGGCCGUCGACCGGUCGACGGUCGCGGUGCGCGCCCACGUCGCGUCGCUGUACCGCGAGUCGGGCAUCUCGGAGGCGACGCGCGCGACGCGCGCCACCCUCUCCACCGUCGGCUCCGUCGUCGCCGCCGUCUCCCUCUUCGAGCUCUACUUCCUGCGCCCCGAGGUCCUCCCCGACCGCUACGCCUUCACCGUCCCCGCCGUCGCCUUCCUCGGCACGCCCGACUACCCCGUUUUCGUCCCGGACCUGUUCCUGCUGCUGAGCGCCUCCUUCUGGUCGCCCGCGCUGCUGUGGGCCUUCACCAGCGCCGUGCUGCCCGCCGCCGCCGGCUACUUCGUCAACCUCGGCAGCGGCGCGCGCGAGGGCGGCCGCGCGCCGCCAUCCCGCACCACGCGCGCCGCUACCAGCGCCGCCUCCGCCGCCGCCGCCGCCGCCGCCGACGCGGCCGUCGACCCGCUCGCCUUCAGCAUCGCCAAGGCGCUCAUCUCGUACGUCGUCUACGGCCAGGGCGCGACGUUCGGCGGCUGGAUCAGCGCCGCGGCCAUCGCGCGCGUCGACUCGGCCGUCUACGGCGGCUACCGCGGCGUCCUCGUCGGCGCCGCCGUCACCGGCGUCCUGAGCAUCUACGACGCCGUGCUCAAGAAGUAGCAGAAAAAUUGUAUAAAGCGGGCGAGGCCGGGGCCGGUCGGGAUCGAGCGAGCGAGACAGAGCGAGAGAGCAUAACCAAGAAAACAAAAAAAAAAAAAAGCAACGGGAAUCCCGACGGACGGACACGUGUAGAUAAAACCCCCGCCGCGC